CCCUCAUUUCUAGCCCUAUCGCGCUCUUCCUUUCUUCCCCCUCUCUUCUUCCUCCUCUUUUCCCCCUCGAUCUCGAGGGUUUUUUUUUUCUUUCUUUUUUUUAUUAUUUUCUUUUUUACUUGUUAAAUCUUAAUUCUAUCUCGCUCGGUUCGAUCGAGCUCGAAUUGGAGUGGUACUGAAGAACCCUAGCGCGAGGUACGAUGCAGCAGCAGCAGCAGCAGCAGCUCAGGUUCAAGCAGCAGCAGCAGGCCUUGAUGCAGCAUGCACUCCUCCUCCAGCAGCAGCAGCAGCAGCCACAGCAGCAGUCGCUCUAUCCUCACCCGGGCCUCUUGGCCGGCCCUCAGAUAGAGCCUAUCCUAAGUGGAAAUCUACCUCCUAGAUUUGACCCAAGCACAUGCCGGAGUGUCUAUGUAGGCAAUGUUCAUCUUCAAGUUACUGAACCCCUUCUUCAAGAAGUUUUUCAAAGUACUGGUUUGGUCGAGGGAUGUAAGCUUAUUAGGAAAGAGAAGUCAUCCUUUGGCUUUGUUGAUUAUUUUGAUCGCCGUUCAGCUGCUCUUGCAAUUAUGACACUUAAUGGGAGGCAGCUGUUUGGUCAACCUAUUAAGGUUAACUGGGCGUAUGCCAGUGGGCAAAGAGAGGACACAUCAGGGCAGUAUAACAUAUUUGUUGGUGAUCUUAGCCCUGAGAUUACAGAUGCUACAUUGUUUGCAUGCUUCUCUGUAUAUCCAAGCUGCUCGGAUGCAAGGGUCAUGUGGGACCAAAAAACUGGUCGUUCAAGAGGGUUUGGUUUUGUUUCUUUCCGGAACCAACAGGAUGCUCAAGGUGCCAUAAAUGACUUGACUGGCAAGUGGCUUGGCAGUCGGCAAAUUCGUUGUAACUGGGCUACAAAGGGAGCUAAUGCUAAUGAGGAGAAACAAAGUUCAGAUUCAAAAAGUGUCCUGGAACUAACAAAUGGAUCUACUGCAGAAGAUGUACAAGAAAAUGCAAAUGAUGAUGGCCCAGAGAAUAACCCACAAUAUACCACUGUAUAUGUUGGUAAUCUUGCUCAUGAGGUUACUCAGGUUGAUCUCCACCGUUAUUUCCAUGCUUUAGGUGCUGGAGCGAUUGAAGAUGUCCGCAUACAACGUGAAAAAGGGUUUGGUUUCGUGAGAUACAGUAACCAUUCUGAAGCUGCUUUGUCUAUCCAACUGGGAAAUGGCCGAGUUUUCUGUGGAAAGCCAAUUAAGUGUUCAUGGGGUAGCAAACCAACUCCACCUGGGAUAGCCUCCACCCCGCUCCCCCCACCUGCAGCUGCUCCAUUCCCUGGACUUUCCACAGCUGACCUCUUUGGUUAUGAUCGCGUCCUUGCAUUAAGCAAGCUGGGCGCGAACCAGGCACUGAUGCAAGCUCCGGGUCAGCUUCCAAUGAAGCAGGCUGCCAUGGGACUGGGUGCAGGCGCGAGCCAGGCUCUCUACGAUGGCGGGUACCAAAAUGCUGGCGCAGCCCAGCAGCUGAUGUACUACUAGUAAUUCCACAGCUCAGUAAUGGGCUUCUUGUUCCUUUGCAUUUUAUGGUUCUUUAUUUUCUUCCAUACUUCUAGUAUAUGUUCCAACACUAUCAUGUAGAAUUUGUAUCUGGAGAUGUUUAUGUAGACAUGAAGGGAUUUGUAGGGUUUGGUGGGUUUGGUGAGAACUUGUUGGGGGAGCUGAUACUCUGUUAUGCCUCCCUAUGUUUUUCAUGUGUUAAAAAUAUCAAGGGGAUGUCUGAUUGUGUUGUUUUUA